AUGGAUUCUGCAGGCGCUUCUCAGAUCGUUAGCGCAUUGGAUGUUAUCUACUCCCCUAAAUCUAACAACUCUCAACGACAAGAAGCUCAGAAAUUUUUAGAUGAAGUAAAACUUUGUUCGGAAUCUCCUUUCUGGGGAUAUGAAAUUGCAUUGCAAAACCCCACUAAUUCUAUACUGAAAUACUUCGGGCUGGGAUUGUUAGACCAUGCAGUGAAGAAAAACUGGAGUGAUUAUGACGAGGGGAAAAGAGUGGCCUUGAGAAAAUGGGUCAUGGAGCUCAAUUUUGGGGUGCAAGAUUAUGAUACCAGAUAUAUCAAGGAAAAAUUGGCCACUUUAUGGGUAGAAGUAGCAAAAAGAACAUGGGGUGAAGCCCUUAAACAAACGAACCCUACAGAAGAGCAGUUGCUCGCAUCGUGGGUGGACAUGGACAACAACCUUUAUGAACUUUGGAACAUCAACCAAUCGUCAAGAGAACUAGCAUUAAUAAUUUUCAGAAUCCUUUUUGAAGAUGUUUUCUUAUUGGAUGAUUUAAUUGUCCUGAAGAGGAUGACCGUUAUUCAGCCUUUAUGUGUAAUGAUCGUUUGCCCCAUUGAAGUUUUUGCCAUAAAAUAUAAAUACAGCGAUAAAUGGACCAAGUUCAAGGCAAAUGAGGAAGGCUGGUUUUCUAUUUGGAUUCCCGAAUUAAACAAUGCAUUACAACAAAACAAUUCUGAAUAUAUCAUAAGACUCUUAGAAACGUUGAAAACGUGCUUGAACUGGCCAUUGACUGAAGUCAUUGUAAGAAACGACGUAUUAACCUCCCUAUUAGCCUGCCUUUCCAGCAACAUCCCCAAGGCGCAAUCAAUGGCGUUAGACUCGAUACACAUAUUGUUGACCCGCCCUUAUAGUAACGAAAGCCAUUAUCAAAUGACUAUAGAUAGAGUGUUUGAUAAUAUGGACUUGUUAGAUGGUGUUUAUGAAAGCUUAUUGUUUGAUCCUACGGAUGAUAUUGACGAAAUAAAAUAUCCCAUUAUAAAAAAAUUCGUGGAUAUGAUUAGUUGCCUUUAUGUCUGUGUUCCCAAGAUCAAAGAGACGAAUGCUCAAAUUCAAAAAUAUUUCAAGCUCGUAUUAAAGACUACGUAUAAUCCAAGUUUAAUUGUUAGUGGAUUGACAUUGGACUUGUGGUGUACUUGUCUUCGAAAUGAUGAAUACUUGCCCAACCUCGAGAAAUAUAUCAUCCCGGAUUUAUUACAGUUUGCCGCGGAUGCCCUAGUAUAUUAUGAGCAAAUUGAUGGCCAUAUUUCCAAAAAAUUUGCUGAGAUUGAUUUUCAAUCGAAGUCCGAGUUUCAAACAUUCUGUUCCACCUAUAGGAAAAGAAUAAGAGACAUCAUUAGAUUGAUUUCGUGUGUGGAGCUAGAUCUCACCUAUGAUUGGUUGAACAACAGGCUGAACAGCUAUUUCAGUUCUUCAUUUGGUCAGCAGGUCUUGAGUUCUACCUUUUUGGAUCAUAAAUUAGAGCCUUAUUUGGGUGCUCUUUCUCAAUAUAUGAUUGUGGAAUGUUUCAUUAAUGGUUGUAUAAGAUGGAAAAUUUGGUACCCAGCAGGAGACGAUUAUGACGAAAAACUAGACUCGAUAUUACAAAAACUGGAGAUCUUAUCAAACCAGUUAAUUGCAUUAAAUUUGAGAGAACCAUUAUUAUUGAAGAAACAAAUUCAGAAUUUUGCCCUUUUUUUGACAAUGUUAAAAGAUAAUGUGCUUUUCACUCUUUUAGAAAAGAUCAUAACUAGCGCUACAAUGGAUUAUCCUGAAAUUAAUUUAGAGGAGAGGGGUGCUGAAUCAGACGCAGUCCGAGACUUGAGAUAUGCCUGUGGCAUUGAACUUAAUCGAAUGGCUUUGUUGAUGCCCGAAUCGCUGAAAAAAAUUUACCCAGACUUGGAAAGCGUCAUUGCCAGAAUCAUGCCCAACUUAUCUUACCAUGAGAAAAUUUCAUUCAAAUCCUUUUUAUUGAUCAUUGUACUAAAAUCCUCACUAGAUAUGAAAGAAGAAAGAUUUGCUGCCAUUGUAGAUCCUGAACUUUUAGCCUGGUCUGACAAGACUACGGUGGUUGGUCUUUCUGAUUUGCAUUGGUUUAUGGAACGUUUAGGCAUUGUUCAAAUUGCAGAAUAUUUCCAAAGGCGCGACAUUAACGAAAACAGUGAUCUUCUAUCUAUCUCAAUUGACGAUGAGGGAAAAGAAUUAAAAUCUGAACUGACCAAACGUUGGCAAAGUUUAUUUCCUGUUCGAGCAACAAGAAUGUUCAUUCAUUAUUCGAUGCAGAGUAUAAAGACCGAUGAAGAAUUCAAAAUGCUACAAGACUUAUGGAGACCUAGAAUCGUCCCGAUCUUGCCAUACAUCACAAGAUUGUUGUACCAGUUACAAUCUUACCAUGACUCGGAUAAUUGGAAGGGAUUGCCUACGGUUGUGCAAUCUUUCGUUAAAUAUUCCACUAUUGAAAGAUUUUGGGAGGCCGGCGCUUCGAACAAAUCAAAGGAUGAAUUCAUUGAUGAACAUAUGAAGGCAAUGCAGACUUUGAGAGACUUCGCGGACUCUGUAGGACACAUUAUUAGGUACACAAGAGAAUAUACUCUACUUGUUCUAAGUGCCAUAUCAUCGCUUGGUAGCGUCUUUUACCUUUUGGACGACUCACCCGAUUUACUUCUGAAUUCGAUUGCUAUAUUCAAACCAGGUACCAAUGAGAUAAGUCCGGGUGUCUCAACGCAUGGCUGGAAGCACAUAAUGAACAUAGCCAUUCGCCCUAUAUUGAAAGGUUGUCCAAAAGAUUGCCUGGAGAAAUUCAUGCCAGCAUUUCUACCGAAGUUGUUUGAAAUCUUAGAUAUGCUACUUUGUCAAAAAUGGUCCUCACAUAUGAGCGAUAUGGACAUGAAUCCAGUUCCUACGGACGAUGAUCAAAUGACUGAAGAAAUACUGGAAGAGAAUUUAUUAAGACAACUAACCACAGUUGUUGUUCGAAUAGUGAUUGAUUGUGUUGGACAAGGUAACGCCAAUCCAAACAGUGCUAAAAGUAGACUAAACAACCACCAAAUUGAGAUGAGAAAGAUCAUAUUUAAUGAUUUAAACACUCUUGCCCCAUUUUUGAAACUUUUGAACCAUUUAGUUUCAUUCAAAGAUACCAAAUGCUCGUUCAAUUCUAUCCUAGUGAUGAAAUGUUGUUUGACUUCAGUUCUUAAUCAAAACAAUACUGUUGAUGAAUAUUUUACAUUUGACGUAAUGAAAAAUCUAUUGCUCAAUGUAUUGUGUAAUAGCGCAUUCAAGGAUUCUUUCCAUGAAGCACUGUAUGUUUUCACCGUGAUCUUUUUAACACUGUGUAAAGAAUAUCCAUCCGCUAGGGCAUUCCUGUUUGAGAUAUCUAACGGCUACAAUAUUGACGAUCUCUACAAGAAUCUGAGGAAUGUAGACGAAUAUAAAACACAGAGAGCGCUCAUGAUUGACUUCAUAGAUUGGGUGAAGGCUACAAAUGGAAAGGAAGAUGGUAAUGUAGACCAUGCAGGCGAUGAGAGGAAACGGCAAGAGAAAAGGGAAGCUAUUUUAAAGAAAGCAAAUGAGAGAUUAAUCAAAAAGAAUAAGGAAAAUGGUGACAUGCUGGAUGAUCCGAAUAUUGAAGACGGCGCUGUAGGUAAUCUCUUCGAUGAUAACUGA